CACUAUUUAUGCUGUCAAGUUGUACUAGAGAACCGGUUUGUUUGCUUUGGUUAUAACUGAAGUUUUAAGAUAUUUUAAUAGUUUUUAUAUAUAUAAAAUAACAUUAGACAGUUUGUCCCAUUGGCCCACAAAAGUAUAGCUAAAAAUGAAGGAAGAGAUUGCAGCAACAGUGUUUUUUAUUGCAAGACUAGCGAAAAAGCAUGGUAAACUAGAUCGUGUUCGGAGAGAGAAGUUUGCUGUGGAACUAACUUCUGUACUCUUCGAAAAUUACAAAAGUCAUUGGUACCCAGAAAACCCAACCAAAGGACAAGGUUUUAGGUGUCUCAGGAUGAACAGAGCUCAAACAAGAGACCCUGUUAUUGAGCGUGCUUGUUGUCAGAGUGACAUUGUUUAUGAAUAUCUUGGAUUACCAAAGGAAAUGACCAUUUGGGUUGAUCCAGGAGAGGUGUCAUGCCGGUAUGGUGAGAAGUCAACCCCAUUUUGUGUUACUCAGUUUGAGGGACAAAAGAAAGAUGGCGAGUUCUCUCGUAGGAUAAAUAAUGCGGUGGAAAGGGCUUCAUCUGACUACCAUUCUGGAACCUCGUCCGAUGAGGAGGGAGGAAACACUAGUAUGAGCAGCACCUUGAGUAGUAGCAACAGUAGCAGUAUUUCUGUUCCUGAGCCCAAAUGCAUCCCAACGGUCUCCAACCCAAACAGUGUCUACCAGUUCAGUGAGUAUGGGCAGCCACCUCCUAUGCAAAACUGGGGGACAUACCCUAAAAGGAAACCGUAUGCUACUGAGGGCUACCAGCAUUCUCAUUCUUUAGGUGGGCCAUAUCCAGGCCAUAAAAAUUUCAAGGGCUACAGGCCUUCCUAUGCCUUCUCUGGCCCAAGGCAGGACCGAUAUCACUGGGUCAGCAAGAACCGCUCUUAGACUGUGUAAAUGUAUAUAUUUUAAUAUGUAUUGUUUUGCUGAGCAGCUAUGCAGGCAUGUGUUGAGUUUAACUUAAUUUAAAUGUGAUGCUUUAACUAUUUAUGGAGUCCUGUGUAAAUGCCUUGAAGGCAGUUUUUAAAAGUCUGUUUUAA